UGGCUGGAUUGGGCUACGCUGCUUGGAGAAGGAGUGGGUGGCAUGAAGCAGCAAGCAGAGAUUGGUGACAGCAGCACUGACCUGAGGCUUGCAGGAGCCUUCGGGGGAACAGGGACCUGCCAGCAGUCUGGGAUGCAAGUGCUGAUGUGCCAGCACUGACCAUGCAGGAUGCUUUUGGGAGAAGAGGAUUUGGGGUCACACACAGGCCAUGAAUGGAUCCAUUUUCAACCAGACACUCCUGGAGCAGGCAGCUGACCCCAACAGGACUCAAGGCUUGGGGAUGCUUAUGGCCUGCUGCAAUGGGACCAGCACAGUGCUGAUGGCGACUGAUGGCGGCUCCUUGGUCCUGGCACCGGACGAGAGGAGCCUUUUCAUCACGAGGGUGGUGCAGAUUGCUGUCCUCUGCGUCCUCUCCUUGACUGUGAUGUUUGGCAUCUUCUUUUUGGGCUGCAACUUGCUUAUCAAGUCAGAGAGCAUGAUUAACUUCCUGGUGAAGGACCGAAGACCUUCCAAGGACGUGGGUGCUGCAAUCAUGGGACUUUACUGAAGCCACUGGGCUCUUGUAGGCAAGUGAACUAUCUGGACCUGGUGUUGAGAUGCAUAUUCCCAUGUGUUUGGGGCAACUGGGGGGAGUGGGAAGGUGGGAGGGGUUUUUUAGUCUGUCUGUGUCCAUGGGAAAGCAAACCUGCUCUUCCCAGCCAACAAACUCUGGUGAUGAAUGGGGUAACCACCUCAGAGCUGUGUGAAGCACAAUAAAUGACCAGCAUUGUGUUGCAUGCAGAAACAGCUUAAGUUUUGCAUGAAACUUGCAGAAACAGUGAUAAUGUGGAGAUCUGGACUCUUUACUGCUGUUACCUUGGAUACGGCUACCUGGGAUUUAGGGCUAAAAAAAAAUGGCAAAUAAUUCGUUACAAAAAAGCAAACUAAUGGGAGAGCAAAAUGCAGGGCACAGACUUCAUCUUUGAGAGGGACAGGGGAAGAGAAACACCAUGUGGGUCAUGAAACAAAGUCUGCAUGCUAAAAAAAUGUCAGUCUGCUGUGUUUUGGACCUUGAGCAUGCAUCUUCUGGUAGUUUUGUAAAAAGGAAAGCAUGUUCUUUCUUAUUUUCCUGAGCUAUCCUGUUAAAUAAACUGGUACUUUCUUAUUUCACACUAUGGUGGAGAAAGUAAAGGACCCAGAUAAAUAUAAACCCCUCCCCACCCCUAAAACAAAAGCAUGCUUGUUUUUGUACACACCAGCCUCUUUUUCCAAGUGCCACAUUGUUACAGUCCUUGAGGUUUUGUAAUUUUUGAAAACUGGUGAGCAUUCAGGAAAAAAAAAAAUCCUCUUUCAACAGCACAUUGUUUUGUCUUUAUUAUUUCUAUGCGUGUGUCAUUCGAGAAUUUCCAUCCUAGUUCCAGGUAUAAUCAUCUCACCUUGAAGUGAAGUGUAAUUAGAGGUACUUUUUUAAAGCAGAAACCACUAUAAUUUUUCACAGGCAAGUAUCACUUUCCACUAGCAAAUAAAUUAAUCAAACUGUGUAUUCC